AGGGCUGUGAUGAGAUAAUAGAUUAAACAUACUUUACAUCUACUAAGUAUAUCUUCACUGUUCUAAAGUUGGAAUGCUAAGGAUAGAGGAAUGUUGACUUUAUAAAUCCCAAGCGACUCCUUCGCCGCUUCCGCCAGAUUCCUUGCUGGAACCGUGGGAUAAUCGCAUGUAGAAAUCCACGGAAUAUCGGGAGCGAGAGAUGUGUGGAAGUACACUGCUCCACGCUCUUGGGCCAGUUGCCUGAGGUGCCGGCGUGUUGGCGACCUGGCGACCUGGCCACCUGUGACCCACAAGGGAUUCUGCCUCAGAGGAUGUUCCUGCUGGUGAUGAACAGCUUGCUCUCGGCGGUCACGGCUCGUCCAUCGGUGCCCUCGGACACCGUGUGCGGCAGUAAUGCUUGUUACACCGCACACCUGGACAGAAAGUCCUUCCACCAGGCCCUAGAAAGGUGCAAAGCCAACGGGGGUAGCCUGGCGACGGCCAAGAACGCCGAGGAAGCGCUGCUGAUCCACAAGCUGCUGGCCGGAUUCUCCGCCGGACAGCGGCCGAAGAGCAAGUUUUGGCUCGGACUCCAGCUGCCCCCGAGGCAUUGCUACCAGCAGCAUAAACCGCUGAGGGGCUUCAUCUGGACCUCGGGAGGAGAAGAGACCACCUACUCCAACUGGGCCAGGGAGCCCCGGAGUACCUGCACCGCGCACAGAUGCGUUCACAUCAUCUCCAGCUCCGGGAGCAGCCCCAGCCCGGCCGGAGGCAACUACAAGUGGCAUGACGACGCGUGCAGACACGGCGUGGACGGCUACCUUUGCAAGUUCAGCUUUAAAGGUAUGUGCCCUCAGAUCGCCCUGAGCGGCCCGGGUUCGGCCACCUACACUACCCCUUUCGACGCCGAGAGUUCUUCCUUGACCCACGUCCCGUUCGGUUCCAUUGCAGUCGUGUCCUGCGAAGGGGGUUCUCCUGCAGCCGACUAUAUGCUGUGCAAGGAACAAGACCCGGGGCAGUAUGGAUGGUCGAGCGAUGGACCCUUCUGCACCCCUCCAUCUGGCUGCGACCUUGAUAAUGGGGGCUGCACACAGAUUUGCGUAAGCGCCGGAGGCGGGGGAGGAUUCCGGUGUCAGUGCGAACCUGGGUACCAACUGCGCGGGGACCAGCGCUCCUGCGAGCCUCGGGACUACUGCCAGGACCGGCCGUGUGAAUACAGAUGUGUCAGCCAUUUUCAGGGUUUCGAGUGUUUGUGCCCCGUGGGCUACCAGCUCGCGGAAAACGGGAGCAGCUGCGAGGACACGGACGAAUGCGCGCAGAGGCCAUGCGCCCAGAUAUGUAUCAAUACGCUGGGGAGUUUUCGCUGCAAUUGCACCCAGGGUUACGCGCUGAUUGACAGCCAGUGCAGUGACCUGGAUGAAUGCUCAGGCCAUCCCUGUGACCACAUCUGCCAGAACACCGUCGGCUCGUACAAGUGCUUUUGCAGAGCAGGCUACCGACUCCAAGAGACCUUCUGCCUGGACAUUGACGAGUGCACAACACACCCCUGUCAGGGGACCUGCUCCAACAGCGAAGGCGGCUUCCAGUGUUCCUGCAGCCAAGGCUACGAGCUCGCGGAGGAUGGAGAAAGUUGCAUUCCGGCAGAUGUGACCACCUUGCUCACCUCCACUGCCCAGCGCUGGGACACCACGGCGGGAGAGUGGGAUCCCACCACACUGAGGGAACUCAGCUCUGAUUGGGAAACGUCCUCCGUCUCAUUAGGGGGUCCGUUCACCAGGAUGGGUGCGGCAGCGGAGAGCACCACUGUAGACUGGACCCCCGUUCCUUCGCCUACAACAGCGCAACUCUCCGAGAAGCACAGCCCUGCCAGUCUGUCGUGGGUGCUGAUGGGCGCUCUGGGCUCCGUGGCUGCGCUACUGCUCGUGCUGUGUGUGGUGGGUUUCAUCAUCUGCCUUCGCAACCGGUCGCCCAAAGAUAAGGGCAGCAACGCCGGAGAUUACUACAGCUGGGUGCAGUCAACGGGGCAAUCCCCAUUCAGCCGUUCAAGCAAUAAUUACAUCGAGAUUGAAGCCAGCCAAACCGAGCUCAGAUUCAUCAGAAGGAGAAAAAUGUUCGUGCUGUCUAUCAGCCUGUGCGCCCUGGUGUCUCUGGUGUAUUCGGAUCCACAAGAAUUCUCACCUGCUGUCUGCGUGGCUAACGUCUGCUACAGCCUAAAAAGGGAGGCGAGGAAGUUUAACAUGGCCAGAACCAGCUGCAAAAAGGCCGGGGGAGACGCGAUGACCGUGCGCACCACGGUGGCCGCCGAAGCUAUCGCGGUGUUGCUGCAGAAAGUGAACGCCGAUUCCUCCUCGCACUUCUGGCUGGGGCUGCAGCUUCACCAGAGGACUUGCCCCAGCAAUAGCAGCCGAUUGAGGGGUUAUCGCUGGGUGAGCGGGGACAAUGACACCGACUACACCAACUGGGGCUCGGUGUCCGAAGAGUGCGGACCGCGAUGUGUGACCGUCUCCGGCAGGGACCUAUGGGUCGACCGCCCGUGCAACAAGAAGGCGAAUGGCGUGCUGUGCGAGUACAGAUACAACAGCAGCUGCGAACCACUAACCCUGCACAACUCCUCCACCACCUUCGUCACUCCUUUCGGUGCCCGGAGCUCCGAGCUGACUAGACUGCCUCGGGGCACCAUGGCCGAGGUCUCCCCGUCGAAUAUCAGCUUACAAUGUAACGGCACUCUUGGCUGGGUGGGUUACGGACCAGGCCCUUGGGUCUGUCAAGUGAACAAUGGGGGCUGCGAGCACACUUGCCAAGAAGGACCUCCGCCCAAGUGCAGCUGCCACGGGGAUUACAGGCUGGACAGUGACGGGUUAAGUUGCCGAGAGGUCGAUCCGUGCGAGGAAGAGAAGUGCGCGCACAGCUGCCAGAAGCGGGACGGGAAGGCAGUAUGUUCCUGCGACAGCGGCUACGCGCUGGACGCCGACCACAAGAGUUGCAUCGAUAUCAAUGAGUGCCUGUCCAACCCCUGCGAGCACAACUGCAUAAACGCGGAGGGAAGCUUCCAGUGCAUUUGCAGGAAAGGCUACGAAAUGUCCCAGGAUGGCAAGUGCAAGGACAUCAACGAGUGCCUACAAAACCCGUGCAAACACAGCUGCAGCAACACGCCAGGGAGCUUCAAGUGCAGCUGCGGGUCCGGGUACGAUAUCAGUCCCGAUGAUCCGACAAAAUGCGUUUGGUACUGCCUUUCCAGCUCCUGUCCGGCUCGCUGCAUCGACCACGAGUGUACUUGCCCGCCUAAUUUUAUCUUGGACGAUUCGACUGAAGUAUGCAAUGAUAUUGACGAGUGCCAAUCUCAUUGCCAGGGUCACACCUGCAUCAACUUACCCGGCGACUUCAAAUGUGAAUGCAGGGACGGUUACGAUUAUCAGAAUGGGGUUUGCGAACCCGAGGGCUCCGGUGAUAACUUUACAUUAGAAGCCCAGACGGCCAAGCCCACCGCGAAAUCCACGCCCGCCAGUGCCGGCCUGUCGCUCAGUGUUGUCCUCGGCACCAUCUUUGCCAUCGCCGUGCUCACCUUGAUCUGCGCCGGGGUGGGACAUCACCUGUUUAAGAAGAGAGGCAAGUGGCAGACCUCCACCAAGUACAAGUCGGCUAAUGUGGAGGAGGACGUUAAUCUCAGUCAGGUCACGACCGGCGACAACUGCAAGCACCAGUACUCCAGUGAGAAAUGUAAUGUGGGGACCUGAAGCUCACUGGACACAAAUGCCGAACCAGAGGGAGAUUUGGAACCUUUGACAUGACGACACUGGGUGAGGGUGGGGGAGUCUACAAUUUGAAAUUGCAUUUGCUGACUCGAAGCUAUAUGCGUGUGAGCAGUUGUACAAAUUCCAUCUCUGAAUUUAACCAGGUUCCCACUGCAUUCCGCUGGACACUAUUGUUAGGCUGAUGCCAAACUAAUGGUCGUACUUGAACCUUGAAAUGGCCCGAUGGUGCUGUCGGUUCAGUUACGCUUAAACACAGGUUUCCCACUCCCCUCCCUGAACAUCUAUCUUUGUUUAUGGUCGGUUCAACGAUUGCAGGAGAGGGGCACUUGCGAGUAAUGACGCUACCCAGGCAUGCUACCCAUUUUUAUAGGCAACUCCUUAGUCUGGAGCAAAUAAUCCAGGUGGGCAUACCAGUUUAGAACGAUAUGUCAUAAAGUGCCUAAUAUUUUUCUCAGUAUCGUUUGUAUGCAAGGUGUGACAGAAAGUAUGUCGUGCAAAUUCCAAAGUUCAAGGUGACUAAAUGAGGUAAUGGUUGGGUAAUGUUUACCUGAGGAAUUGUGAAGGGAAAGUAGUUUUUUAUAGUGGGGGGGGGACUGCGGGAGACUGGAUCCGGGACCCCCUAUUUUGAUUGGUUUACCGCUCAUGUUUGUCCCAAUGUCUGUCGACCUAAUGGCCAUUUGAUGAAAAAUAUGGCUGCUGGUGGUUGUUGUAUUUCUACAGCAUUACUUCAAUUAUUUGUACAAAUGGAUUGGCCCAGGGUAUAUCCAGGAAUUUGGGACACGGGCGAUUGAGACGAGGAACCUGUGCAUUUGUAUUUAUUAUAUCUUUGAAAUAUCUGUAUAAUCAUGUUUUAAACGAGUUUUAUAUAUCUACAUGAACUGUAAGGAAAACGCGACGACGCUGCAUACUUUAAAAUAAAAAUUUGAAACUAUUUCUUUA